AGGAUUAUCUAAGAUGUCGUGCUUUGUGCUACAUCGUUCAAAAUGGCGUCCGAGCCGGCAGGUGCAUUGGUUAACCUUGACCAGCCCUUUCCUUCAUGUUUUCUGCAGCGAGAGCCAGUAUACGUCGAUCGUUCUCCACAGGUCCGGUCGAUGGCUUCGUGGGGGCCAUUGGGAAGACACCCUUAAUCUACUUAAAAACGCUCUCGGAACGAACUGGCUCCAGUAUAUAUGGCAAAGCUGAGUUCCAGAAUCCCGGUGGUAGCGUCAAGGAUCGUGCAGCACUUGGUGUAGUCCGAGAUGCCGAGGAACGGGGCCUGUUGAAGCCCGGUGGUACUGUCGUUGAGGGUACAGCAGGUAAUACUGGUAUUGGACUGGCCCAUGUGUGUCGAGCAAGAGGCUACAGAUGCGUGAUCUUCAUGCCGAAUACACAGAGUCAGGAGAAGAUUGACUUGUUGCGAAUGCUUGGAGCUGAGGUGUACCCCGUGCCUGCUGUAGCAUACGAUGAUCCCAAGAACUACAACCACCAAGCCCGUGAUUUUGCCAAGGAUCUUCCGAAUGCUAUCUGGACAGACCAGUUCGACAAUACCGCCAAUGCCAAUGCACAUUAUGUUUCUACCGGCCCGGAAAUCUGGGAGCAGACUGGUGGUGACCUGGACGGAUUCAUUUGCGCAACGGGUACAGGCGGCACGUUAGCCGGCAUAGGCAAGUAUCUCAAAGAGAAAAGCGGGGGAAAAACUCAAAUCUGGCUGGCUGAUCCUCCGGGGAGUGUCUUGACGAGCUAUGUCAGCAGUGGGGGAAAGCUUGUAGAGAGAUCUGGAAGUUCCAUCACCGAAGGCAUCGGUCAAGGAAGGAUUACUAACAAUCUGGGGACCCUUGUGAAUGAGUUAUCCGGCGCCUUUACUGUACCAGAUACGAAGAGUAUCGCCAUGCUCUACGAGCUAUUGGAUACUGAAGGUCUGUAUCUCGGUGCCAGCUCAGCUUUGAACGUGGUUGGUGCCGUGGAGCUUGCAGAAAGACUCGGAAAAGGUUCGAAAGUCGUCACUAUUCUUUGUGACGGUGCCUAUAGAUACCAGAGCCGUCUCUUCUCAAAAAAGUGGUUGGAAGUGAAGGGACUGUCAGACUCGAUACCUGAACAUUUGAAGAAGUAUGCAGUACUAGAUUAGAGCGUAAUAGAAAAUACGAUGGCUGUAUGGAUCGUGUGAAAAAAAUGGUUACCUAAUCAUAAUGCAAAGGGCAGCGUACCUCGUUUCUUCGGCG